AUGGAUUCACCCAUGCCGGUAUUGCACCAAUCCAGCUUCCAAGCUUGCAGUGCUAUCUCCCCCAUUGGCCAAUGUUACAAGGCAUUCCCAAGCAACUGCUUUUCAUCCACUGUACUAGCUUCUCCGCUCUUUGCAUGCGUUCUUUCGCAGCUACUCCUACAAUAUACACAAGGAGGUGGAGUCCUCCCUAAAGCUCAACCAUCGGAAGAAAAAAGAGGUCCGUGGGGCUUCUGUUUUGAAAAAAUGUAA